AUGGCGCGCAAGGAAACCCAACCCAGCGACAAGACGCAACACUGCCAUACGUGCCGCCGGCGCCGGCUGCGCUGCGACGGCGUUCGUCCGACCUGCAACAAGUGCGUCGUGCGCGGGGUCGACUGCCUCGGCUACGGCGCGCAGGCCCUGCUCUGGGUGCAGCCGCAGUCGUCGAGCGACAGCACCGGGGCCGCACAAAAACAGCAGCGGCCGGAGGAACCAGCGGUGGCGGCGGAGACGGCGGUGGGGGGCCGGAGAAAGGGCCGCCCCAAGCUGGUGCUCAUGCCGCGCGCCGCGUCGGAGCUCGCCAUGCCGGACGGCGACGGCCUGGAGCUGACGAGGCGGCCGGGCACCGCCAGCCUGGAUGCGUACCGAGCCGUCAUGCGCAUGCGCGGCUUCCGUGAGGAGAACCUGCGGCGGCGCAGCAUCGUCCCGAGCCCCGGACUGGACCCGGAGGGCUACCAGCAGCAGCGGCUCCUCAUCGACUCCCUCCGCUACUGUAUCUAUACCGCCCACUACCACCACCACCCUGACACUCGACAAAGACUAACCCUCACAGAUGACGACCACGUCUGCUCGGACCUGGUCCUCUUCGACACCCCGAAGAACCCGUUCCGCGUGCUCCUCGAGUUCUGGAGCUACCUGCCGGACGUCGUCGCCGACCCGCUCGUCUCCAUCGCCGCCGUGCACCGCAUCAGCAAGACGCAGUCGGCGCUCGAGGUCGCCGCCUACGUGCCGGGCUACCGGUAUGCGCUGCGCGACGGCGGCGACAGCGGCGGCAGGCUGCUCGCGGUCCGGCACCCGCUCGUGCCCGUCGUCUUCCGCCACCAGCAGCGCAUGGCACGCGCGCUGGCCGCCAUGGUCGCGGACCCGGACGCGCGCGCGCAGCGCGGCCUGCUCGAGGUCGUCACGACGGUGAUGCUCUGCCAGGUCCAGCAAUCGCUCUUCGGCGACUGGGACAAGCAUCUCCUCGGGGCGCAAGCGGUCAUCGCCGCCCGAGGAGGGAUAAAGUCUUUUGCGUUGGAAAAAUCAACACCCGUCAAUUUCGAUAUAUGUACAGUGAUGCAAGUCGAGGUGAUGCGAGACAUCGGGACGCCAGCCUGCCUCCUGCGGCCUCGACAAGCCAUGUUCGAGGACUACCUGGAAUACGUCAUACCCAUAUACCAGGAGGGAUGGCUCUCCGCCUUCCCCUGCACCAACUUCCUGAUGAGCUGCCUCAUGCGCAUCAGCAUGGCCCGCUACGACGACCACCAGGACUCCGCCGGCAUCGCCGCCAGGCUACCCCUACGGCGGCAGCUCCUGGAGGACAUCCUGGCCUUCUCCCCCGCGGACUGGCUCGACUCCCGCGCCGCGCGGCUCGCCGAGGUGUUCGGCCCGCGCGCCAAGGAGGCCGAGGGCGGUCGCACGCGCGCCGCCCUCCUGGACCUCAUCCGAUCCUUCCACAUGUCCACCGUGCUGUACGCCGUCCGCACGCUGCUCCUCGACCGCGGCGUCCACGCACUGACCGGGGUGGGCGACCUGCGGCUAGUGGAGGCGGCGGCGGUCGAGACGCUCGGCGCCUCGCUGCGGCGGGUCUGGGAGACGGAGCGCGCGGCGCCCGACUGGUUCGGCAAGUUCACGAUCUGGCCGCUGUUCGUGCUGGGCAUGUCCGUCGACCCGGUCGCGGAGGAGCCGCGGGGCGAGGGCACCAAGGACUUCAUAUGCAAGUCGCUGCUACGGCUCGGCCACCACAUAGGGAGCAUGGCGUACAAGGACGCCAUAUGGGCCUUGCAGCACACGUGGGAGCGGGAUGGCGGCUUGGAGCGCCCAGGCUGGCUCGAGGCGCUGCCGUUGGACGUCUUGCCAGGUCUGUUCUUCAUGUAG